AUGGAUACCGAGUACAAGUGUGGCAAGAACGAGUACACGGGGAAGGAAAUUUACCUCGCAGCGCAACGGCGUGUCAACCUGCAGAAGAUUGCAGAGACGCUUGGCAGUACCCUUACAACAAGUCGAAGAGAGGGAAACUCGAGUUUCCUCCCCAAUAUCCUUGCAAGAUGGAGAAAACCCGCCAGGGGUUUUGGCACAGAGUGA